GGUCUGUGUUUGAGGUUGAUAAAGAUUUGGUUUGGUCAGCUUAGCGUAUCAUAUUUUGUAACAAUUCGUAAUGUUUUUGUUAAAUUUCCACAUGUUUAGUACGGAAAAACAGUUGCAUACGGACUGAAUACAAUAAAGAAUGGUGUCGUAAACAAACGUGUUCUGUGAGUGGAUUCAUUAGUUUGGAAUUAAUGGAGCUAAAGGUCUGGGUCGAGGGAAUACAAAGGAUUGUUUGUGGGGUGACGGAGACCACGACUUGUCAGGAUGUAGUGUUUGCUUUGGCUCAUGCCACUGGCAAGGUGGGAAGAUUCACUUUGAUUGAGAGAUGGAGGAAUAAUGAACGACUUUUAGCUCCUCAGGAAUAUCCACUGAAGAUCCUGAUGAAAUGGGGUGAAUACUCAAAUGAUAUUCAGUUUAUAUUAAGAAGAUCUGACAAUGGAAGCAAUAACCAAAAAUUAGUACAACCUACCAAUAUCUCUAGAUCCCCUAUUGGAAAUGGGAGUCAUAACACAUCCAGUCCGAACAUAUCAGACAAACAAAGCUCACCAAACAGGAUUAACACAACCCCCACUCAUAACAAUGUAAAUAACACCUCCCCGGGGAACCCUGUUGGUGUGGUGAAGGGGGUGCAGCAGGCUAAGUCCCCCGAAUCCAAUAGCCCUGUGCUUAAAGAUGUUCCGCCUUAUAGAGACCCACCACCGCCAUAUAGGUCACCCCCACCGCCUUCAGCUUUAAGAAAGUCCCCUAAUCGCACUACUCGUAGGCCCCCGCACAUGUCACCUGUGAACCUUACUGAGCCGCCCGAGGAGGAACGAGGCCCCGAAGCUGUGAGUUACAACAGCCAGUACAGAGAACUGGUAUCGCUGGUGAACUAUCAGAGGGAAAAAUUGUCGAGUCAACAGGUCGAUCUCAUCAAGUAUGAUGCUGAAAUUGGCUUUUGGGAAAACAAAGGUCGAGAGCAAGAGCGACAAGUAGAGUUACUGCAGCAACAGAUCAGUUCCACGGACAACCAACUUCGAAUAAGUACUGAACAGGUCCAAACACUUAACUACGUAGAAGAAGAAAGCGAAAUUGCAAAACAAAAUGAGAAGACGCUAAAGUCUGAGAUAGUGUUGGUGCGAUCAAAACUUGCGAAUUGCGAAACUGAGUUGCUGCAGUGUAAGAAUAAAAUACGCAAGCUCAUGGAGGACAUACAUAAUGAACAACGUGUUGUAAAUAGUCGUCAGCAAGAAAAUAGACAAGCACUUGAAAGGUCGAUGUUGGCGGAAGUGGAGAACCUCCAAACGCAGAUACAGCAAGCGAAACAUGCGACUGAAAUCAAUCAUCUCACGGCAGAGAAUCUUAAAAGAGAAGUGGGUGUGCUAGAAAACGCGAUAAUGGAAAAGAAACGGCAAGUUGAGCGAUUGGUUCAAGAGAUGAAAGAGGCCAAUCUACAGAGUCUCACGGGGAGUGUCGAUGAGUUACGACACCCGCUAGACGGUUUAUGUAAAGCAGGAAGUGCUCGUAGAAUAAUAGGUUCACCUAGGCAACUAGAAAAUGCUGCACCAACUAACAAAAAUCCACAUGGAGUGUGGGUGUAAACACAUUAUUAUUACCUUCAUCUUUUGAAGGACUUUCUGUAGAAAACUUAAGAAUUUACUGCAGACUGGUAUGUUAACAGGUUUUUAUUCAUUACAUGUAUUUAAUGUGUUUGAGUGCAAAGUUUUUUUUAAAGUAUUAAUCAAUUUAUUUACUGCUCUUUGACAGUUUUGUAUAAGUUACAAUCAUUUUUUUUGGGAGAGAUUAUGUUUAUAUAUUUAUGCAAAUGAAUGUUCUUUUGCUGGAGUAUUAUAGAAUCCAUAUGCUUUAAUAUAAAGAUAUAUAUCAGUUUAAAAUGCAGAAAGGACAGCUAUUAUAGGUUUUAUGUGAUAAUUAAAAAGAAUCUAAGGAAAAUAAUACUUAUUAUUGCUUUUAAUACGAUGUAAUGUGAUUUUAAAACACAUUACAAAAAUAUUUCUACGCUAUCGAAAGUAAUAUCCUUUGGAUGGCAAACAAAAAUGGUAUUACCAUGAGUGCCAUAGUAAAAGUAUUUGCCCUACGCCCAUAAUUCGAUUGAGUAAUACAGUAAAUCAAAUCUAACCAAUGAGCUGACGUUAGAUCAUAAAGUAGCUCAAUGAGUUUAUGUUGCAAGUUAAUAAACUUAAUCUAUAAAUUAGCUAUAAAAUAUAACUGCAUCAAGAAUGUGAGAAAUUAUGUUUGCCAUCCCGGGUAAAUACUUAAUAAAUAAAAUUAUUAUUUUUAUAAUGUGUUGUACUGCCAUAGAUUUGUGUGAAUGCUAAUUAAGAAUGUGUUAUUUAAUUUUUAUAAUCUGUCUCAUUAAUAAACGUCGAAUAAAUUAAGGUUUUGAAGAUAUUUACCUUCUAUCAUUGUCUUUUUUUUGUAACUGGCUUUCGACAAUGAUCUGACACACAAACAUACAACUAGUACUAGUAGUAAUUGAACUGACCGUAAACCAUAAACCAACUAUUGAACAGACAAGCUAAAAGUCGAUUAUACCAACAGAUUGAGUUAUUGAGAUUGUUUAAAGGCAACCUAUUUGAGGUCAGUUGAUCUUAAAAUUUAGCGUGACUGACUAAAUAGUUUGCAAAUUGUAUACUUUCAAGCAGUCAGUUAAUCAUACCAGACCAAUAGAAUGACUUAUUUAUUAAUAUAACCAAUGGGUUGUCAGUAAAUUGUGAAGCUAACCAAUAAGUUAUUGAAUCUUGGAAAGUUUAUGUUGGAAAAGAGCAACUGCUGAGUUUCUUGCCGGCUUCUUCUCGGUAGAAUCUGCCUUCCGAUUCGGUGGAAGUGACCAAAGUGCAUAUAUUAGGCCUACUUGAAAUAAAUGAAUUUUGAAUCAUAAACUGACAAAUUUUAAACCAUAAAGCUGACAGUAAAUUAUAACUGACCAAUAAAGUGACAGUUAAUCAAGAAAAUGCUCAAUAAGUUUAACUUGUUUGUAAAACAAGAAUGAAUAUGGGUUAUUAUCUUUUUAACAUGAAAAGUAUUAACAUACCUUAUAAAAAAUGGCCUACGUUAAUUAGUAAGACAGAAUAUAAUAAUAUUGUAUAAGUUAUUAUUUAGUGGUUAAUUUAUUAGAUUUGUGUUCAAAUUAGUGUCAUAUUUAAUCGAUUGUCACAAAUUAUGUUACGUUUUGUGCUUAUUUUAAAAUGUAUUAUCGUAUCUUGCCGUCGGAUAAAUAUAACAUGGAAAUAUUCAAAAAUAAUAUCAAGUGCGCGCCAAAACACGCAGAAGGAAAAGUUCCGCAGUCUUGUAAACUAAAUCAUUUAUAGAAGUGUGGUUGACUUGUUUCAUUUACCAUAGUUUUUGGUAUAAAAUGCUGCCGCAAGAACUACACAUUAUCUGGGUCGAUCAUAAUUCAUGAGUUAGUUGAAUCUGAAUAGUCUUGAAAAGUUUGUGACGUUUCUUGAAAAAAACUUGUGUUUUUUCUUUAUUUGGAUACAUGUAGCCCUUACCACAUAAAUUAUUGAAUUACAGUAUGCAACAAUCACUGAAAAAAACAUCUGCGACACACACUUAUAUGCCUGGGUUUUCUUAUCUGACUAUGGAACACUAAAAGGGAACGAAACAUAUGUGUUUUGUAAAUUAUGUACUUAUAAUGGAUAGGGAAUUGCAUAUAAAUGUUAAAGCAUUUAAACUUUUGAAUAUUCUAGUGCUUUUUCUAUUGUACACAAAUCUAUUUUACUAUACUAAAUUAACAGGUCUAAAAUAAAUGUUGGUUACCUAUCCUUUUCCCAAUGUAUCCCGUGGUAGAGGAUAAGCGACUUGUGAAAUUGAGUCAUCCAUAACUUUUAGAACUGUCAAUUUAGUCUCAAGUUUAGUGCUCUUUAGACUCAAUAUUAUAAGUAAAAAAAUAAUGAAGAAAGAUCCACGAUCACUCAAAUGUUUGACAGAAAUAUAUUGAAUCAUAAAAUAACUAAAAUUAUUAUUGUGGCAUGAGUACAAAAAAUUGGAAUAAAUUGUGACACACGUUAAUGCAAAUAUUACUGUGAUAAUAAUAGAUAUACGAACAAGAAUCUCUAUGACAUUAGAUAUCUUAACCGCGCAUUAAAUACAAUUUGAAACCUUUUCAUAUUGCAAUGUGAAUUUUUAAAUAAGUUUUUUUUUAUUUAACACUCUACACUGAUUAUAAUAAGAAAAACAACCAAUAAAAUAAAACCCAACACACCACAUGCGUGUACAAAUGUGACGAACUUACGUUCGAGGAUAUGAUGGAUAGGUUCUUAUUUGUAUUAUGGUGUAAGUUAAUAAAGUUGAACAUCAUAUAAAUAAAUUAAUAAUGUACAAAUAAUAAACAUAUGGGUUUACUAUUAAACCUAAACUACGUAAUACUAAUGCCUUUUUUUACGCUCUAACAUUUAAAUGUUGCUGUUAAUUGAAGUACAAAACUUUGUAUACCUAUUCCGACGUUAUGACACGUUUAUUUGUAAGCCACUAAAGUUGGUAAAUGUGGCCCUAGCCGACUGCUGUUCCAUAUAAGAGUUAUUGGCAUUCCCAAUCCUUAUGAAACACAAGGCAUUAAUAGGGAUUUCCCAGGUCGAUCUCUAAACAUUCGAAUAUGUAUCCUAAUAUGAAAAAGUUACGUAUGAAUUUAUACGUAACUUCUGGUAACAAUACCAGAAAUUACGUAUGAAUUUACGUCGGGUAAAAAUAAAAACGCCCUGCCGCCGCCUAGGUUUGCGCGGUUAGCCCGGUAUGCACGGUAAGAUCAAAGUAAUGUUUGUACAAACUGGUGUUACCAUACCAUCAUUAGCU